GAUCUGGAAACACCAGCGACAUUCAUGGAGGAGCGAUUAGGUGUAGAGAACACUGGUCUUUCAGAUAUUCCUGAGCUGGUGAAUUCUGCUGAAGAGCUAAAUUUUCUUGAAGCAGAUGACAUGACACCAACUGGAGGAUCCCCAGGAACUCAAGAUGUCAGCACAUUGUCUAUAAGAACCAGGGCUGUGGCUCAAUAUUUACAAAAUCACUCUCCUAUAAAUCCAAUAUCAGAAGACCCAUCUAGGGAGCUC